AUGCUUCAUUAUCCUCACUCAUCAACAUACACCAAGGGAGGUCACCAGUCCAAGUCUUUCCAACCGACACUGCCCACCAUGCAUUUCUUCACCCUCCUCGUCGGUCUUUCCGGCCUGAGCCUCAUCACCGCUCAGGGAGUGUGCGGAAGCGACUGCUACCAGUACCCAUACGAUGCAUUAGGUCGUGUGGACUGCCCUGGAUCGACGUUUCUUGGAAGACUUUUCAACACAAAGGGCGAUUGCCAACGAUACUUUGAGCUUGUAGGAGGAUACGGGUGUUGCUGUGGCUGCCCAGGGCCUUGUUGA